CUCCCCCACCGGCGCACCCACCGUCCCCCCCCUCGGCUGGAUUGAAAUAGCAAUUACAGGAGUGUAGAAAAAGCUGGCGAGCUGGGAGUUCUAGUUAAAGGGCCCCGCGUGUGGAAAAUACUGCAGGUUUAUCAUCAUUAUGGGAUGCGGGCCGACGUACGGCCGCAGCGUCCUGCUUUGACCCAUUCCUACAAUAUGGUAGAUAUUGCAGAAAUCAACUGUAUCACCAUAAAACACCUCCAGUAGUCUUCAAGGCCUGAGAUGACCUCUACAGCUGUCCCGACUGAAUGUGAGGAUCAAAUGCUCCCUCUGCUAUGAAGUAAUGUAGGUGACAGGAUUUCUUGUGUCAAGUUUGACAGAGACGCCAAGGCCGUGACAGGAAGUAGAAAAACAUCCGGAAAUUUGACAGCUGAGGGAGGAAGAAGAGGAGGAGCAACGCCAUGGCUCGGGAGAACGGAGACACCAGCGGGGGGGAGACGUGGAAGAAGCAGGUCGACGACAUCAAGAAGAUGUUUGAUCUGAAGGAAGUCCUCGGGACAGGCGCCUUUUCCGAAGUGGUCCUGGCCCAGGAGAAGCUGACGGGUCGGAUGUUUGCGAUGAAGUGCAUCCCAAAAAAGGCUCUCAAGGGGAAAGAGAGCAGCAUUGAGAACGAGAUCGCCGUGCUGACAAAGAUCAAGCAUGAAAAUAUCGUGGCCCUGGAGGACAUCUACGAGAGUCCGGAUCACCUCUAUCUCAUUAUGCAACUGGUGUCCGGCGGCGAGCUCUUUGACAGAAUCGUCGAAAAAGGCUUCUACACAGAAAAAGAUGCCAGCACGCUCAUCCGACAAGUCCUGGAUGCUGUCGACUACCUGCACAACAUGGGCAUCGUGCAUCGAGACCUGAAACCGGAGAACUUGUUGUAUUUUAAUCCCCACGAUUGUUCCAAAAUCAUGAUCAGCGACUUUGGUCUUUCCAAGAUGGAGGGGAGCGGCAAUGUCAUGUCCACCGCUUGUGGCACACCGGGAUAUGUCGCACCGGAAGUUCUUGCCCAGAAGCCGUACAGCAAGGCAGUGGACUGCUGGUCCAUCGGAGUCAUCGCCUAUAUUUUGUUGUGCGGCUAUCCUCCCUUUUACGACGAGAACGACUCCAAGCUCUUUGAGCAAAUCCUCAAAGCCGACUACGAGUUCGACGCGCCCUACUGGGACGACAUAUCCGACUCCGCUAAGGAUUUCAUUAGCAACCUCAUGGAAAAAGAUCCAGCCAAGCGGUUCACCUGCGAACAGGCUCUCCGACAUCCCUGGAUCGCCGGGGACACGGCACUCUGCAAGAACAUCCACGAAUCCGUCAGCCGGCAAAUCAGGAAAAACUUUGCCAAGAGCAAAUGGAGGCAAGCGUUCAACGCCACGGUGGUGGUUCGCCACAUGAGGCGGCUGCAGCUGGGCAGCAGCAUGGGGAGCAGCGUGGACGCUUCCAACCCCCCCGCCAGACCCGGUCCGAAGCCGGGUACGAGUCAGGCGGACCGCAACGGGCCCGCCGCCGCCGGCUCGGCCGCUAGCCAGACUUCAGCUUUUGACAACUUAGCGACGCCGCGAAAGGAAUGUGUCGCCACGCCAGCCACUCCCUGCAGCCUGGCCUCGGCGGCCGCUUCUCCCGUGGCGGGGGCCGAGCUGAGCCACCCAUCGGCGGUGCCCGCCCCCGUGCUCGCCGAGACCAAGUGACGCCAGGUGACGCGGGGGACCAGCUGGGAGGCCACGGCGCUGUGAGAUGAAGGAAUGCGGGUGUCCUCCUAUUCCCCCUCAGCUGGUUCCUCGCCCUGCUCCGAGGUGAGCAGAGGACCUUCGUUUGUAAGCACGCAGCAUCACGACCCCCCCCCAAAUGAGCUACCUGGCGCCGAGUCACAUUUGAAUCUCAUCUCCCCUUCACCAAUGGAAUUCCAUGUACGUUAGUUCUUUUCUUUCAAACUGUUGGCAACUGGAAUGUUUUUCUAUCUUCACUUAAAGGUGGUAUGUGUGCUUUCUUUCAAAAGGCCAUCCUUGUCAAAUUUGCUCGGAAAUUCAAAAGAUCAUUAUCAAGACGAUGGGUGGCCACUACCUCAUGCUAAUUAGCAGCUUUGGAGUCCAAACGCUUCUCCCUAAAUGGAGUCCCCCCCCCCCCGCACUUCCGGAUCUGUCGCUCGUCUCUGUUCUCGGAAAGUGGUUUGUUCCUUUUCGAAAUGCGACACAUAGCACCUUUAAGAUCUUUUUUCCUUUGGGGCUCGUCCGUCUUUGUGUCUUCGUGCUUCGAGAAGUGCUUUAAAAGUAACUUGUGACUGUUGCCAGAGGAAAAUACGAGUUAGCGCUUUUAUCGAUUUUGCGCGGCGAAGGGCCGGAUAACCGACACGGAUUUGACACCAAUGUACACUACAUGGACAAAAGUAUUGGGACAUCCAUUUCCACUACUUCGAGGUGUCCCAAUACUUACGUAUGUCCAUAUCACGUUUAUUAUCGGUACGUGACGACGCCCCGAUUUGAGAAUGGCCCCGCCUCUGUUCCUCGCCACCGUCGAUCGAAGCCAUGAUGUCGCCGCGCGCCGUCUCGCUGCACCCAGUGCUCAGGGAAAACUGCAGCCGUAUGGAAUUUCACUUUUGCAUUGCUCCAGCUAUGUAAAAAAUUGCACAUACACAUGAUUGCGGCAAUUUUUUUUUUUUUUUUUUUGGACUGGCGAUAAUGGCCUUUGCAGCAAAAGCAGAGCGGCGCAAUAUAUCAGAUUGUCAUUCGAUGCUAUCCCUUUAUUACGCAAGCGUGGAAGUGCCAAUGUGGAGUUAACACUUUUAAAUGGCUAUUUUCAAAUAUUGGAACUUAUUAGCCAAUCCAAAGUGUUCCCGCCGCAGUGACUGCUCCACGCUUCCCGUACUUGAUCGUGAAUAUGUAGCCAAAGACCAGAGUGAAGAAUACGACGGGAAUUCACACGAGGCUCGGCGGAAUUCGACAGGAAAGCGAUGAUGCUUUGAUGGAUUUUAUAUGAUUUGAUAUGAUCGUUGUUAUUUGCCAUCUUUUGUUUUUGGAGUGUGUUUAUUUCCUCUCCCGAGAGUGCCGCCGCCGCCGCCGGAUGUCCGACUGCGACGAUCCAGCCGGUUCAAUCGGACAUCGAUCCACCCGGUGACGUGUUUUGUCUCCUUUUGCGGGUUGCCGUGUAGUUUUUGGAUGGCGGUCUGUGACAUGCUUUGUGAGCUCUCAAUUGCCAUGAUUGUAAGUAUUUAUGCACAUGUUAUUUAAAGCCACUGCAUGGAGGACAACCUGUAAUAUUCCCACAACCCCCCCGAAAUCGAACCGGCUUCGUCUUGUCCGUUUAUUUUCGCGUGUCUUUCGAUGCAUGUUGUCUCAGUGAACAGUCUUGAGUUUUGUUUUGAAUUCAAACGUGAAUGUGUCAAAGUAGUCGUUUAUUACCUCUAAAACAAACACCGUUUUUUAGAGCUCCAUGUUUUUUCUCAGAGGAAACUAAGCGUCAUUAUUGAAGGAAAAAAAAAAAUGUUUAUACAUAAGGGCUGAAUCUGAUUAUUUGUGAUGAACCUGUAUGCUGUACAUAUGGA